AUGAAAUUCGGUAACAACCUACAACAUCUAUCGGUACCCGAAUGGAAAAGCUACAAUAUUGACUACAACGACUUGAAAUAUAAAAUCAAACAAAUUACCAAAAAAGAUACCAAAGAUCUUUCCCUGUUGAAAUCAGCCUUUAUUGAGAAUAUCGAUUAUGUCAAUUUGUUUAUACAAACUAAAUAUGGUGAGCUAAGUCGAAAGUUUACAUUUCUUGAAUCAAUAUUUAACAAUCUACUACAUUUGAAAGAUGAAAUAAAUGAGUACGACUCACUACGAUCAUUUCUUAUCGAAAUUGACGAACUUUUCUAUCAAGCUAUCGAGUUAUCGAUAAUUUUGAAAAACUUGUCGAAAUUUAUCUUAAUUCAAAAGAUUGCCAUAAAGAAGAUUUUCAAGAAGUUCCUCAAAUAUUAUCAAUACAAGAGAAUUGGAACCAAAUUUGUCCUUGAUUUGAAAGACAAUCAUUUAAUCAACAACCCGCAUUCCUUUGUCAACUUUGAUUUAACUAAAUUGACUUUAAAAUUGACAAAUUUGAUCAAUUUGAUUAAAUAUGAACGGAAAUUUGUUGAAUGUUUUAAUGGUGAUUUGCAUCGGAAAAACUCUUUGUUCUCCAUAGCAUCAUCAUUGAAUACUACAUCUGAUUAUCAAACUUCAAUACUAGUUAACAACUACAACAACAAUGCGUCGCAACCAAUUCCUAAUAAGAAUGGUACUUUCGCAACUACCACCAACACCACAAAUUCUUCGCCAAACACUGCCAUCACUACUGCUACCAACACCACAGCAAACUAUUAUACCUCUAACCCACAACAAAUUCCAACAUCACCGGAAGCGCACUUCGAUUUAACUGUACUCCUAAAACGUAAUUUCCAAUGUCAUUGUCUUAUACCGACUGAACUGACAAGUGACGCAAUACUCAAUUUCAAUGUCUACUUGAACUUGAAAUGUAUUGAGGAUAAUCUUGUUUCAGUUAUCUACUUGAAUCAAGAUUUGUUAAAAGAUCCGGCUCUUAUUUUAUCAAGUGAUACUAGUCAACUGUCAAUAAUAAUGGCUCCAACUGGUGGAUUAAGAAAAUAUUCAUAUUGCAUCUUGCCCAAUGAGAUUGUCGAAGUUUUUUUAUUGCAUUUACAAGAUAGGUCCAAAGAAGAGUACAAGAGUCACUUGUAUGAAUAUUUCCAAGAGUCUAGUCAAUUGACAAAAAAGACUAUAAACUUUAUCAUUGCUAAUGAUUAUUUGCCUGUGUCGAAAGCAUUUUUUCAGCGAUCAAGAUUUAGAAUUGACAAAUCUAGUGGCGAUAUUAUCGUCAAUGGUGAUAGUGGUAUACUUGUUGAUCAAACUGGGUCCUCCAGCCAACAACCUUCACAACCAGAUGAAAAUGAUUACUACCUCACAUUGGAAAGUAAUAUAUCCACCACCAAUAAACCAAAACACGUGAACACCGUUGCAUUUCCCGCACAUUAUAAUGAUAUGGAUUGUUUCCCUCAUAGUCACCUUGGUAUAUUUUCCAAUGACUUGAACUUGUCAGAAUUUGAAUCGUCACUACUGACUGAAGUUGAUUCUCAAACAGGUGUGUUACGAAACAAAUAUUCCCCAUCAUUUGCACGUCGCUUCCCCAAGAAAUUACAAAUGAUUCUUCAAAAUAAUGCCGUAUCAUUGUACAAGGGGUUCAAUUUUUAUCAAUAUCAAAUAUCUUGUUAUUAUAAUAUUGUUCCUAAUGGGGAAUUCAUAAAUAAUCAUUAUACAAACUUGCUCAAUUUAAACUUAUUGAAGGAAUUUGAAAAUAUUGAUGCUUGUAAUCAGCAAUUGAAUCAAGAAGAGGGUUUAAUCAAAGCUAAAUCAGAUGAUAUAAUGAAACAUAAAAUGUCUAUACAGAAUCUUCAACAAGAAAAUCAAGUGAUUGAACAACAAGAACGGCAUCAAAAGCAAGUAAAGCUAAUGCAAUCAAGGUUUCAUCAUCAACAUCAGCAAGAUAGUUUUGGUUCAAGUAUAUUUGAGAAUGUAAGACGUAAUUCUGGAAGUUUGUCACCAAAUGAUGUCAACUUGAGCGACGAUGUUGUUGACCUUAAUGAGCCUGAUGCUGUUGAUUUACAAAACAAUCAAGUCACUAAAUUCCUAACUUCAAUUCUUAAUCUAAAAGAUAGAUUUUUUCACAAUGGGGAAGAACAAACAAAGUACAGAAAACAUUACAAGCAACAUUUCAUCUAUGAAAACCCUUACUACUUUCCCAAAGACGAUGAAGAUACCGAUGAGCGUCACCAUUUACUUGACCCAUAUACCAAGCUUCUUUCCUUGUACAACCACGAAGAUAUUAACAAUUACUCAACUUACGAUUCCAUCAAUGAAGAACCAAUGUCUUAUUUUCAACGUAAUGAAUAUCAUUUGAAAUAUGAAUCCGAUUAUGACCAAACACUAACCUACAUCUAUUUCACAUUAACUAUAAUUUCCCUUUUCUUGUGUGGUAUUCAAUUAGGUACUAUUUACUCAAUUUUCACCAAUAUUGAUGAUAUUGAAGAUUCAAAGUUUCUCAUUAGAGAUAAUUUGGGAAUUUUUAUUGUGUUGGUGUUGGGGAUGAUUAUUCUGGUGGGAUUCAAUUUGUUAGCGAUCAAUUUAUUGUGGUUUAGGUACUCUUCACCAAUCAAGUUUCAUAAGUAUGUUGUUGGUGGUGCAUUAAUCAUUAAUUUGAUGGGAUGUAUUUGGAGUUGUGUAUUGUUAUUGCAUUGUUUCUAA